ACAACAGGGCCAUGCUGCGACCUCAAUUCAUACGUUCGCAGAUAUCCGAUCUAGACCUGGAGGAAAAUCAUGUACAGAACCUUAUGAAGGCUCUCCCCGUCGACCACAGCGCGUGGACUGCUGAAACCGACCUCCUCCCGCUCUUUCACCGUCUGACGCUUGAUACAUCGACGGAGUUUUUAUUCGGUGAGAGUCUCGAAGCUCAACUUUCCGCUUUGCCAGGCAGAAACCACAAGGCAACCUCAUAUGGUCGCGGCGAGGUAGCUUUCGCACAUCAUUGGGAGAGCGCACUGCGAGCGCUCUCUCGUGGAACGCGGCUGGGGACUCAGUGGAAAUGGGCACAUAACACGGCCUUUCGUGAGGACAGGCGGAAAAUCCAUGCCUUCGUGGACCACUUCGUGCAGCGUGCCCUCAGCCUGCCACAAGAGGAGAUUGAAAAGGGAUCCGAGCCAAAGAACGGAAAAUACAUCUUCCUGUAUGCCAUCGCAGCGCAGACACGGGAUCCGAGCGCCUUACGGUCCGCUGCAUUGAACAUUCUGAUCGCCGGACGCGAUACUACGGCUCAGCUGCUCUCCUGGAUCUUCCUACUCCUCGCAGCGCAUCCUCGGGUCUUCCAACAGCUGCGGUCGAGGAUUCUGAAGGAAUUCGGCACGUAUGACGCGCCCCGCAACCUCGAUUUCGCCAGCCUCAAGAACUGCCGGUACUUGCAGUGGACGAUGAACGAAACUCUCCGAUUGUUCCCCCUGGUUCCGGUCAACAACCGCGAGGCACAGAGGGAUACCACAUUGCCUGUCGGGGGCGGACCGGAUGGCACCAGGCCGGUGUUCGUCGGCAAAGGCGAGGUGGUAGAGUUCUCCCUCACCACGAUGCAUCGGAGGAAGGAUUUCUGGGGACCAGAUGCGAACGAGUUCCGACCGGAACGGUGGGAGGCCAGAAAGAUGGGCUGGAAUUAUCUUCCGUUCAACGGCGGCCCGAGGACAUGUCUCGGGCAGCAGUUCGCCUUGACUGAGGCCGGAUAUGUCGUCGUCCGGCUGCUGCAGCGGUUCGGUGAGCUCGAGGGACACGGCGCCUGGAUGGCGGAUCAAGUGGGCGAUGCUCAGGAGGAUGUAGGGAGGAUAGAAGGGAUGGGGUUGGUUAGGCAUGGACUGGCACUGUCGGAUGCCCCUGGGGACGGGGUCAGGUUGAGAAUGAAGGAAAUGCGAGGUUGAUCGAAAGAGAAGAAGCCACCUCCUCCGAAGCUAGGUUAGAGAAUAGAAAUGCUGGGAAUUGGUGUAUGGAUGGAUAGGUCUGGUUCAGCAUCUCUGAUGACAUGAUAGUUCGUCUUAGUAGCAACUUACAGAGUAUGUAGCACUUGGCUGCUUACCUCGAUC